GUUGGGAAUUGGUCCUGCUUUGAGCAGGGGGUUGGACUAGAUACCUCUUGAGGUCCCUUCCAACUCUGAUAUUCUAUGAUUCUAAGAGCCAGGCGUUGGCCACCCUGCAGCAGCGCCAGGGCUCCCCGGGGACCGACGCACAAGGUGAGAUCCCCUCCAUGGCUCCAGACGGACAGGGGGACGCCCCCCCCGCCUGAGGACCCUUCCCAGGGUCUGCAAGGGGCACGAGCCGGCCUGAGGGGCGGCAGGACCAUGGCAUCCACCCAGCAGCUCAGCACACCCCUCCCCCCGCCCCCCAAAGCCAUAACUCCUCCAGGCCUCACUGACGUCUCUUCCCCCAGCCCUGGUGCAGGCCCUGCGGGACCACGACCGGGAGCAGGCCGGAGCCCUGGGGCCGUGGAUCCAGCUGGUGAUGGAGCAGUGCAGGCAACGCAUCGAGCGUUAUUGUUCUCUAAUAAAAUUUAAAUCUUGAUUUUAUCAGUUUAAUCCUCAUUUAUUCUAUACGAUGAAGCCGCUACCUUGAUCUAUAUAGCACUAUAUCUGCUACACUAAGCACAAGCAGUGGGAAUGCAUCCUACUGCUCCUAAAACUCAGCCCAUACUGCUGGCCUCUACUCCAGCAUGCCACCGAGCCCCCGCCACUGCCAACUCUACCGAGAGUGGUCCUCAGGGCGCUUCCCGAGAAAGACCCCAGGGGUCUCCAAGCCACAGCAAGUCACCAGCUGCAGAGGAAAGAGGGAGCGGGGGAAAGCCCCCCGAGAUGCUACCACAGGAAGCUCCCGCAUCCCGAGACCAGCCUGCAGGGACAUCAGGGAGAGGAGGAACAUCCACCCCGCUCCUCAGCCACAGCGAGGUCACCCUGCCGUGGUCCUGCCGCCGGUAGACUCUCCGGCCGACCAGCAGCUGCAACCACCUGGAGCCUGCCCUGCCGUACUUCUGCCGCCAGGGAAGCCCCUCGCAGAUGGCCAGCUGCAGGGUGCCCGCCACACCAUGCGGCUAUCACGGACCGACCGCCGGAGAACCCCGCUGCCCAGCUGCUGCUCCUCCCGCCAGGGGACUGCUUCCUUGGAUCCCAGCCGCCUGGGAAACCCUCCGGCGCCCAGCUGCUGCUCCGGAUGCCGGCCACCAAUGCACGCAACGUCCGUGGAGCUCCCUGAUGCGCCCCAGCAGAUGAGACCCCGGCCCGCCGCCUACCAGCUGCCACAGAGUCUGAGAGAAUCGCCCACCCGCCACUCGAUGCUCCAGCUGCCGAACGAUCCCUACGCAGUCCAUCAGCCGCUUCAGUCGCCAGGAGACCCCCCCAACCACUCCACUACUGCCCCAGCAGCUAGGGACCCCCCCCACGCUCCUGUUGCCCCAGCCAACAAGAGACCCCCACACCGCCCAGCAGCAUCAGCACCCAUCAACCACUCCCCCUCCAGGCCCCUCAGUCACCUCGGGAACUCUGCGCUUGCACACUAAGAAAUGGGCAGUAGCCCACGAAAGCUUAUGCUCUAAUACAUUUGUUAGUCUCUAAGGUGCCACAAGGACUCCUGCUGUUUUUGCGGAUACAGACUAACACGGCUGCUGCUCUGAAACCUGCCUGCCUGCGUGCAAGCCAUCGUUCUUGGGAAGUCCUUUGCUGGCAACAUUUGCAGUGCUGACUCUCAGUCCUCAACAUCAAGCCCUUAGAAGAGAGAACUGACUGCAAAUCAGAGGUCAUCUAGUCCAACCCCCUGCAUCCUUCCUGGGACUCUCAGUCCUCUUCUAAGGGCUUGAUCUUGUUUUACUGAAGUCAGUGGGAAUUUUACCACUUGUUUUGCUUGGAUCUGGACUGGUUCCAUACUGGAGUUCCUGGAACAGUCCUCUCUCCUCCAUGUGAUCUCAUCCUGCUCCCUGCGUAACAACAGGAAUAUUUUCACAAG